GUGCAGACCUCACUUUUAAAGCUUACAGUAUGUUUGUCCUCUUGGACAAGGUGCUAAAUCCAUCUUUCUGAUGAAGUGUCUGUCAUUUAUUAAAGGCUUAGGCCAUUUUAGAGUUAUUUUACCAAUCACACAUGGAAACGUACAUUCUUUUGUAAUUUUCUCACUUUACAAAAGUAGGUUGUGUCAUAUUAUGCACUUAGUGGUGUGUCAAUCUCCUUGAAAGACUGACAUUUGGUUGAAAGAUGGAUGUUCUUAACCACUAAAAGGACACACACUGACUACAAAACACUUUUGCUGAUGAGAGGUUUUGGUCUGUAUUCAUAACAUAAUAGGCUACUAUCACUAUGGCUUGUGGUGUUAAAAUUGAGAAAUAAAUAUAGUAGCCUACAUGCAUGACGGACCAUUAAACAGCUAUACAUCACACGUUGUGCCACAGCUUGUCUGUGAAAGUUGUGGCUAAAAGGGUAACUGCAUGACUUCCUUCCUGUAGCGUACAUAGUUCCCUAAAAUAUUUGAUUACCUACUGUAUGAUUUGAUUCUAACCCAGACAAGAAUAAUGAAUUUGCAGUUGGACGGAUGGACGAUCAAAUAGCCUACGUUAGAAAACAUGCUACAGUUGGAUUAUUUUUAGUCUAUAGGCUAGACCUCUCCUGCCCUGCACUAUGGACAAAAAACGUAUCUAUAUUGCAAUUUAAUGAGAGACAUUGUGCCUUUUGGGAAUCAAGACAUUUAGACAAACAGUGAGCUGCAGCUGCUACAGAUUCAGCUUCCUCUUUUUCUGCUGGGAGUAUCAGGGAACCCUUUGGUGUGUUUUAUGACAUUUUUUGUAGUUAAUGUAUUUAACUUUUCUGUUUUGCUUCAAUAAUGAGAAUUAAUGUUUUAUGUGAUCAACUCUGUUAAGUGCUUAGUGUGUAUACAGAGCAGCACAUCUAUUAAAAGAAAGAAAAAAAUCAAAUGCGAAGGAUAUUACAGUACAGUUUUUCUUAUUGGAGGUACAACAUCGCAAUAGUCUGGAGAAUGAUGUCAAGAGCAUGUACGGUUGGUUCCGUCGACUCUUAGUGAAAAAAGAGUCUCCACAGAGCAGCUCCUCUCCACAUGUACAGGUCAGGACUCCAUCCCCUUCUGUCGAUGGUGCCUCAUCAUUGGUUACCACCUCCACUCCUAACCCACCACCACCUUUUCUGAGCUCUAUGAUUCGUUGGAGCCAGACCUACGACUUGUGUGUGUGCCAUAGCCCUGUGGACAUCGAAGAAGCCAUCCGUCUGGCCACUUACCUGGAGAAACCGGCAUGUGGCCUGCGCUGUUUCCUGCGGCAACGUGACGCCAGCGUGGGGGGUGCCAUCCCCACCGAGCUAUGCCAGGCUGUGCAGAGCAGCCAUUGCUGGGCCCUUCUGAUCACCCCCAACUUCCUGCUGGAUGACUGGUGCCAGUACAUGAUGCACCAGGCACUGUCUGAGGGGCCCAUGUCCAACCGGAUCAUUCCCCUGGUCCUCAACCUGUCUUACUCUCAGUACCCAAAGGAGCUACGCUUUUACUACUACAAAGACCUGAGCAAGAACCCAGAGCGAGGCUACACACAGGUGUACAAGACAGUGCUGAAGUACUUGGAGGACAUGGAUGAAAAAGAUGCUGCUAAAGUUGAUUGCAACAUGCACAGUACUAGCAAUAGAUUGGAAGAGGCAUCCUGUUUUCCAAGGACAAAACUGUCAUCAAACUAUCAGAAUUCUGAGCCUCUGCUUUCACUUCAGGAGAUUGAGAGGACAGAGGCUGCAGAUUCAUAGGACUAUUGUACAUCACACACUGGAGGCUACUGAGGUGAGAACAGCUCAUAAUAAUGGAUGGAAUGGAGCAAAUGUAAUGGCAUAAAACCCCUGGAAACCAUGUGGUUGAUGUAUUUGAUACCAUUCAUUACCACAAGCUCGUUCUCCCCAAUUAAGGUACCACCAACCUCUUGUGAAAUCACAUGAUAGCUAGAAUAAAGAAGGGGCUGACUGACUUAGGGAAAUCCCCUUACAAAAACAAUCAACUGGGCACACACUGGUUGAAUCAACACUGUUUCUACAUAAUUUCAAUCAAAUCAAAUCAAAUAAUGUUGAACCAACGUAUAAUAGACGUUGAAUUGAGGUCUUUGACCAGUGGGACUGCACUGGUUGACUGAUCUGACAUGACCACAAUUAACUUAUUUUUUAUAUUGAGUUUCUUAUCACAAAUGUAAAUAUUAAUACAUCUAAUCCAUUUUGUUGUGUGCAGACUUGCGAUCUCAAUGUACACUGAUUCACACAUGGUGCUCAAAAGCCAGAGUUAUGUGCAAUAGAAACCUACUUGGACUGGGUUUUCAGUGGAAUAAUAUGUAACCCAACAUGGGAGAGUGAUGCAAGAUAGUAGAGCAGAACAUCCCUUUGGUACAAAUGAUGUUGCUCUGAUAUGUCAUAACCAAUGAUGUGUAUUAACCCUAGAUGACUAACAGGGGGCGCUGUAUUGAAGCCACCGGGCAACCAUAUUGGCACUUCUCUUCAAGCGUAAAACUAUUUUGGAAGCUAUAAGAAAUGUAUUUAUUAACGUCUACAUUCGUUUUUUUAUAUGAUUAUUCUAUUACAGACACCUUAAUGCAUACUUUAAAAUUACAUUAUGUGAGCUAAACAUUACAAUUAAAAACUAUAUACAAAAUUUACCUUCAAGUAUUUUUUUGAGAGUACUAAUGUUACUGUCCCCACUACUUUAUUUAAAGGGGGAGAUCAAGUGGAUCCUAACUGUUAUAAGCCUAUUUCUAUUUUGCCCUGUUUAUCAAAAGUGUUGGAAAGACUUGUCAACAAUCAACUGACUGGCUUUCUUGAUGUCUAUAGUAUUCUCUCUGGUAUGCAAUCUGGUUUCCGCUCAGGUUAUGAAUGUGUCACUGCAACCUUAAAGGUCCUCAAUGACGUCACCAUUGCCCUUGAUUCUAAGCAAUGUUGAGCUGCUAUUUUUAUUGACUUGGCCAAAGCUUUUGAAACAGUGGACAAUCUCGUGGGCUGGCUAAGGAGUAUUGGUGUCUCUGAGGGGUCUUUGGUCUGGUUUGCUAACUACCUCUCUCAAAUAGUGCAGUGUAUAAAGUCAGAACAUCUGCUGUCUCAGCCACUGCCUGUCAGCAAGAGAGUACCCCAAGGCUCGUGCCUAGGCCCCACUCUCUUCUCACUUACAUCAACAACAUAGCUCAGGCAGAAGGAAGCUCUCUCAUCCAUUUAUAUGCAAAUGAUAGUCUUAUACUCAGCUGGCCCCUCCCUGGAUUUUGUGAUAAACGCUCUACAACAACGCUUUCUUAGUGUACAACAAGCUUUCUCUGCCCUUAACCUUGUUCUGAACACCUCCAAAACAAAGGUAAUUUGGUUUGGUAAGAAGAAUGCCCCUCUCCCCACAGGUGUGAUUACUACCUCUGAGGGUUUAGAGUUUGAGGUAGUCACUUAAUACAAGUACUUGGGAGUAUGGCUAGACAGUACACUGUCCUUCUCUCAGCACAUAACAAAGCUGCAGGCUAAAGUUAAAUCUAGACGUGGUUUCCUCUAUCGUAAAUUGCUCCUCUUUCACCCCAGCUGCCAAACUAACCCUGAUUCAGAUAACCAUCCUACCCAUGCUAGAAUACAGAGAUGUAAUUUAUAGCUUGGCAGGUAAGGGUGGUCUCGAGUGGCUAGAUAUCCUUUACCAUUCGGACAUCAGAUUUGCUACCAAUGCUCUUUAUAGGACACAUCACUGCACUCUAUACUCCUCUGUAAAGUGGUCAUCUCUGUACACCUGUCGCAAGACCCACUGAUUGAUGCUUAUUUAUAAAACCCUCUUAGACCUCACUCCCCCAUAUCUGAGAUAUCUACUGGAGCCCUCAUCCUCUACAUACAACACCCGUUCUGCCAGUCACAUUCUGUUAAAGGUCCCCAAAGCACACACAUCCCUGGGUCGCUCGUCUUUUCAGUUCGCUGCAGCUAGCGACUUGAACGAGCUGCAACAAACACUCAAACUGGACAGUUUUAUCUCCAUCUCUUCAUUCAAAGACUCAAUCAUGGACACUCUUACUGACAGUUGUGGCUGCUUUGCGUGAUGUAUUGUUGUCUCUACCUUCUUGCCCUUUGUGCUGUUGUCUGUGCCCAAUAAUGUUUGUACCAUGUUUUGUGCUGCUACCAUGUUGUGCUGCUGCCAUGCUGUGUUGCAACCCUGCUGUGUUGUCAUGUUUUGCUGCCUUUCUAUGUUGUUGUCUUAGGUCUCUCUUUAUCUAGGGUUGUGGCAUCACUCUCGUCAUGAUUUGUGUUCUGUCCUAUAUUUUAUUUAGUAAUUUUUUUGCCCCCGUCCCUGCAGGAGGCCUUUUGCCUUUUGGUAGGCUGUCAUUGUAAAUAAGAAUUUGGUCUUAACUGACUUGCCUAGAUUAAUAAAUGUUCAAUAAAACACAUUUUAAAAAUCCACAAAAAUACUUAUAUACAAUUUUGUCAAAUACAUAACAUUUAGUUGAAAUAUUGUAGAAUUCCAUUUAUUCCUAUGGAGGACUGCUCUUACCAGGGAUCGCCAAUAUGGCCGACAGGUGGCUUCAAAGCCUCUCAAUGGCCAAUGCAUAGCAAAUAGAAAUCCAGGGUUUAUAUAAGUCAUUGGUCAUAACAAGGAUGAAUAAUCAGCUUUCCUACCUUAAAGGGGAAGUUCACCCAUUUUUACAUGUGGCCUUAUCUUCACUCUUUCUGUGCUUCUGUUGAUCGCCCAAACUGUUUUUUAUAUAUUUAGUUUUGUUAGAGAGAAAAUUGGAAAUCACAUUUUGCUCUCAUCACUUGCUAAAGACUACAAUGCAUUAUGAAAAUGUGUAGAAAGAAGCAUGUUAUGAAACGCUUUAAAUCAGAAUCUUAUUCUGUAUAAUGUCUCUGCACUCAAUUUGAGAGAAAUGUCCACUGUCCCAUAAAUCCAUAUUUGCAUAAUUUUGUUGCUGUAAAUAGCAUCAAUCAAACAUGAAUUUAUUGAACAGUGGGGGAAAAAAACAAGGAUUGAGUGUAGAGACAUCCAGAAUGAGAUUCUGAUGUAAUAUGAGAUGGUCUGGAGUGUUUUUGAGCAUUUUAUAACAUAUUUUAGACACAUUUUCAUACUGCAUUGUAGUCAAAGUGACAAUCAAUUUUCUCUCUAUAACAAAACAUUGUUUUUUUUAUAUUUGGAGGGGGAUCAACUACAAGCACAGAAAAAGUAAAAAUAAUGCCACAUGUUAAAAUGUGUGAAUUUCCCCUUUAAGGUAGGAAGGCUGAUGAUUCAUCCUUGUUACGAUGAAUUACAUAUAAAUGCUGGAUUGCUGAUGGUAUCCAUUGGCCAUUGAGAGCGUUUGAAGCCACCGGUCAGCCAUAUUGCCUUUUAAUGCCAACCUGAAAUGGAAAGGAAAGAAAAACGCUUGUUAGUGUCUACCACUAGAUGACAUAUGUCGGACACAUUUUAUCACUGGAGAAUGGUAUGCAAUGAAUUAAUGUUCAUGAGUCUUGUUUUUUGCUAAAUAUAAUCAGCAGAUUGAAAUGUCACAAUACUAACCACACCACACAUCAGCACAGACACUGCACAUAACAUGAAGCAUCAUCCGUGAUCAAUUUGUAUUGCAGCUUUACAUAUUAAUCUCUAUUCCCAAGAACCAUCAACAUUUUCCUUGGCCAGGGGAGAAAAAAAAAAGUUUUUUGUUGUCUUCCUUGCAGUGUUGUAAUUAGGGUUCUGAGACAGAUGAUUUUUGACAUUAAGUGGCUUUAGAUAAGCUUAUAUUGGAGUUGGACAUUGCAAAUGACCUUUGAUCAGGCUUUUAGGUAGGAUGAUGCAAUGGCUUUGGCAAAGGGCAGUGUUCUGGUAAUAACCACACUGACAAACAGGAUGGUUAUUAAGCUGUUCCAUGCUUAGUAAUUUUAUUGAAUUAGCUAGAUUAUAUCAUCUUUAUAUAAUAUAAAUUAUCUAUUUUAUUA